UCGGUCGCCAUCUUUGCCCUGAACAUAAACAACACCGAGGAGUAGCGUUGGCAUUUUGAUGUACCGCUGACAAGAGAAGGAGAAAACACAAUCAAACCGCCGCCGGAGCGCCGAUCUUUACGGCCAAAGAUGACACUUCGUCUGGCCACUUGAGCCACCGUGCCGGUCGAGAUGGGGAUCCGAUGUGGGUCUCCUCACAGGGAGGCAGUGGAGGUUUAAAGUGGGCGGGGAGGGCAGCUGAGGGGCCUUGCUACAUGACAGCGGUGGCCCUGUAGAGAUGGACCAAGAGUACGAGAGACGGCUGCUGAGGCAAAUCAACCACCAGAACCUGCCGGCCGAGGCCCACCUGACCAAGUGUGUAGGUGCUACAUGCAGUCCUGUCAGUGUUAAGUCGGGGGACCGCUUCAUUCCCACUCGAGCUGGAAGCAACUGGAGCAUCAACUUCCACUAUGCCAAUGAGAACUGUCGCUCUCCCAAUCAGAAUCACAAGGCAAAGGAUGCCAGUUCAGACUCGGGCAAAGAUGCUGUUGCGUAUGCUGCUCUUUUGAGAAACGAAUUACUCGGGGCGGGGAUAGAGACCGUGCCAGACCCUCACACAGAUGACCGGCGACAUGCAGUCCUCUCUCAAGACUCUCACAGCCUUUUUAGGUACACUGUCCACACAAAGAGAGUGCCUUUCGAUAGCGAUAAUGAAGUGUCACCGUACUCCCUUUCUCCGCUUAGUAACAAGAGUCACAAGCUGCUUCGGUCCCCUCGCAAACCAGCCCGCAAGAUCUCCAAGAUCCCCUUCAAGGUGCUGGACGCCCCGGAGCUGCAGGACGACUUCUACCUCAAUCUGGUAGACUGGUCAGCAGGCAACCUGCUCAGCGUGGGCCUGGGAGCCUGCGUCUACCUGUGGAGUGCCUGCACUAGCCAGGUGACAAGAUUAUGUGACCUAUCAGUGGAUGGAGACUCUGUUACGUCAGUUUGCUGGAAUGAGAGGGGAAGCCUGGUUGCCGUGGGAACCCACAAGGGUUACGUCCAGAUCUGGGAUGCAGCGGGAGGGAGGAAGCUGACCAGUCUGGAGGGCCACUCAGCUCGUGUAGGUGCCCUGGCCUGGAAUGGGGAGCAGCUGUCGUCGGGGAGCCGGGACAGGGUGAUCCUGCAACGGGACGUCAGAACCCCUCCCGCUGCUGAGAGGAGGCUGCAAGGUCACAGGCAAGAGGUGUGCGGUCUCAAAUGGUCCCCUGACCACCAGCACCUCGCCUCUGGAGGUAACGACAACAAGUUGCUGGUGUGGAACAGCUCCAGUCUGCUCCCAAUGCAGCAGUACAGCGACCACCUGGCAGCAGUGAAGGCCAUCGCCUGGUCGCCUCACCAGCACGGGCUGCUUGCAUCAGGCGGGGGUACCGCCGACCGCUGCCUGCGCUUCUGGAACACACUGACGGGCCAGGCCCUGCAGAGCACAGACACCGGCUCCCAGGUCUGCAACCUGGCCUGGUCCAAACAUGCCAACGAGCUGGUGAGCACUCACGGCUACUCUCAGAACCAGAUCCUGGUGUGGAAGUACCCAUCACUAACACAGGUGGCCAAGCUGACAGGACACUCCUACAGAGUGCUGUACCUGGCUGUGUCACCCGACGGGGAGGCCAUUGUCACAGGUGCCGGGGAUGAGACACUACGUUUCUGGAACGUCUUCAGUAAAACACGCUGCACCAAGGAAUCAAAGUCGGUGUUGAACCUCUUCACAAGAAUACGAUAGUAAACAGCUGGGGUCAAGACUGUUUCAGGAGCCCACUGAGAUGUGGAAAUGCACACUCACCACAUGAUACUCACACAUCAGCCUGCAGAGAUGCAGUCGACCCCUCUCAUCACAGCACCACCCCUCAGCGCACCAACCGCCACUACGACAAUACUUCUCAAUUCCACUUUUUCUACCGAGGAUGCGGUCCCAACUUCAAAUGACGACUGCCGUCCUUCUGAAGCGAUGUCAUUAAUUUUAAAAUAAGCAGCCUAGAGUCAGGACGUCGUUGUCUGCAUACAAAGUCUCUCCUGUUUUGUUCUUUUUUCUUUUUCUGUUGUGAAUGUGAUUAAAUAAUGUUUUAUUAUAUAUUAGCAGAAGUAUAUGUGUACAAGAGUUAUAAGCUAUAUCAUGGUGAUGACAUCACGUUUCUAAAAGGCUCUCCUUUGUAACUCAGAGAGAAGAAGAGGCCUGGCUGUUGCCUGGCUUUGGGGGGAUUUCUAUAUUUUGAUAAUGUGUGUAUAUGAUCUACAACAGUAUACAACAGAAGAGAAAUAAUAAAUAAGUGAACAACA